AUGAGGGUCUUAGUAUUAGCUUGCGCAAUCGUUGCCACCACAACUGCAGCUCCCCAGGGCUACAGUCUACAGAGCCCAACUGGAUCAACUCUGUCCACUGGACCUGGUCAGACGGCAGGAAGUGGAUUUACUGUCGGAUCUGCUACUGGUCAUGUAGUAGCAGGAGGUGUUGGAAUAGGAUCUGGACAUGGAGUUACAGCUGGUGCAGCUCAAGGAGGUGUUUCUGGUGGAUUUGGCCAAGGAGUGGGGACUGGCAUCUCCGGCGUAGGUGUUGGAAUUUUGGAACCAUGUGGAGAAGGACAAAUUCGACAUGUGGAUGGGUCUUGCCAUACACCAGUCGUUAACAGGAAAGUGUUUGUCUUUGAUGUUCCAGAACAAAAAAGGCCUCUCGGUCCUCCACCAAGCGUUCCUCCUCCACGAGUGGAUCAUAACAUUCUGUUCGUGCGACUUCCCGAAGAAGGAGAAGGACCUGAACCAAUCGUUAUUCCACCACCAAGACAGGAGAAUAUCGUCUAUGUACUCAACAAAAAGGAUGAACAGGUUCAACGUGUUAUCGAAGUACCUGCCCAUCCUCCAUCUGAUCCUGAAAUCUACUUCGUCAAUUAUGAAGAGGGUGAGAACCCAACUCUACCCAUUGGUGUGGAUCUUAAUACUGCUCUUGGCUCUGCCGCUGAAGCUGGUGGACGAGUGAUUGGAGUCGCUGGAGGUGAUAACAGUGAAGGCACAGGAUUUGGAGUGGGUGGAGUAGUAGGAGGAAGUGGAUUCGGUACGGUUAGCGGAGGAUUCGGUGGGGCUAGUGUAGGCAGUGGAUUUGGAACUGGUAGCGGAGGACUGGGUGGAGCUGGUGCAGGUAGUGGAUUCGGUACGGUUAGCGGAGGAUUGGGUGGAGCUGGCGCAGGCAGUGGAUUUGGAGCAGUAAGCGGAGGCGUAGGAAGCUCUCCAUCUGGUUUAUAUAACACUCCCUAA